AUGGACGACGCUGCUCAAAAAAGAGCUAAAAGCGACACUAAGCAAACUGAUUCUCCGCAUACGUUUGAUGAACUCUACUCUCAUAAUUACCGCAUCAGUGUACCGAAUGAGCUGAUAAACGCUGUGAAGAUCUCUCCAGAUAAAUCCAAGCUCGCGACUUGUUCAUCAAAAGGAAAGAUUCGAAUCUAUGAAUUUGACUCGGGCAAACUACUUGCGACGUUUACUGAGCACAGCAAAGGUGUCUCGGAUAUUGCAUUUUCUCCUCUUGAUAGCAAUACGCUAGCUUCAUGCUCAGACGAUAUGACAAUCAUCUUGUGGUCCAUUGCGAAAAAGAAGAGCAUAAAGAUUUUGAAAAAACACACGUAUCACAUUACCACGAUGAAAUUCAACUCGAAAGGAAACCUACUAAUCAGUGGAGCAGCAGACGAAUCUAUUGUGAUAUGGGACCUUAGCAGUGGUCAGAGCCUUAAGACAUUGGCUGCUCACUCUGAUCCUAUCAGCUGUGUGUGCUUAACCCCAGACGACACUUUGGUUGUCAGUGCAUCCUAUGACGGCUUAAUGAGACUAUUCGAUAUAGAAACUGGUCAAUGCUUGAAGACGUUGGUGUAUAAUAGCUCUACUCAUGGGACGGCCACCGCUUCGACUAAUGAUGUGGUAAACUUCCCAAUCUCUUAUGUUAACGUGACCCCGAAUGGCAAGUACAUUCUCAGCUCCAGUUUGGAUGGGAAAAUUAGAUUGUGGGAUUACAUGAAUAAUAAAGUGAUGAAAACAUACACGGGGAUUAAUAAUUCCCCAGUCAACAGCAAGUACAACAGCGGAACGUGUUUCGUAACUUGCACUGCAAGCCCAAUUGUUGUUUCAGGUUCGGACAACUCUGGUGCUCUAUUUUGGGAUUUACAAACUAAGGACAUUGUCUUUCAACUAUUGCCAGGUUCCACCGUCUUAGACGUGGCCAUAUGCGACAAUGGAGAAAGGUUGGUUACAUGUACAUUACAGGGUGAAGUAGAUGUCUACACCUUAGCGCCAAAAUAUAAACUUGCAAAUGGAAAUCACAGCUCGGAUAAGCUUUGA